AUGUCAAGUCAAAAUUCACUUGCACUUUCAAUUUUUAAUGUAUAUAAAGGUAAUAGAUCACUUUUUUUAAAUGCAUCUUAUAUCAUAUUGAUAACCGCAGCAUUUUCAGGAGCAACUACUACAAAAUCUAGUCGCCAAUCUGAAAAUAGUGGACAACAGGAUAAUACUCCUUCCGAUACCCUUCAAAAUGCUUCAGAUAAAGAUUUGACUUCCACUCAUGUUAAACCAGUUAAUAAGUCAGUUAAAUUGUCGAAAGAGUCCUUUCGUCGAUUAUAUAAGGCUUCAAUACCUUCGUAUGCAAAUCCAGUGGUUGCUUAUUUUGUGAGUAAUCUUGUAUUACUUGUUAUUAGAGCUUUUCUUACCAUUAAAGUUGCAAGUUUAGAUGGUAAGUUGGUUGGUGCAUUAGUCUCGAAGAAGUUGAAAAAAUUUGGUAAAUUAUUAGCAUUUUGGAUGUUUCUUGGUUUACCAGCUUCAGUAGUUAAUUCUUUAUUAAAUUAUACUAAAAGUAAAUUACGUCAACAUUUAAGAAUCAACAUUAAUAAUAGUAUAAUGGAAGAUUAUUUACCUGAUUCUUUAGAUCCAAAUUAUUAUUCUUUACUUCAAUUAUCUGAUUCUAAAAUUAAAGAUCCUGAUCAAAGACUUUCUACUGAUGUUUCUCGUUUAGCUUCUGCUUUAUCAAGUUUACCUGGUCAAUUAUUAAAACCAACUCUUGACUUGCUACUUUGUGCUAAAGAAUUAUCGAAAAGUGGAGUGGGCUCCGGUGAAGGUACUUUAGCCUUGGGAUUAUUAGCUUAUUUUUCAACUACUAUCCUUCGGUUUUUCUCUCCUCCAUUCGCUAAAUUAGCCUCCGAAAGAGCUAACUUGGAAGGUCAAUUAAGAUCUGCCCAUUCAAAAGUUGUAACUAAUAAUGAAGAAAUUGCCUUUUUACGUGGCCAUAAUCGUGAAUUAGAUUAUUUGGAUUAUUGUUAUUAUCAACUUGAAAGAUUUCUUAAAAUGGAAUAUUGGAAAAAAGCUGUUCAUGAAAUUGCUCAAACUUUCAUUGUAAAAUAUUUUUGGGGUGCUGCUGGUUUAGUCUUAUGUUCUGCUCCGGUUUUCAUUAAUAAAUAUUGGGGGGAAGAACCUGAUCCUUCUGCUUCUGGUGAUUUCAUCACUAAUAGAAGAUUACUAUUAAGCGCUUCUGAUUCUUUAGAUCGUUUGAUUUAUUCAAGAAGAUACCUUUUACAAGUGGUUGGUCAUGCUACAAGAGUUGCGGAUUUGCAAGAUGUCUUGUACAAAAUUAAAUCUUCCAAAAAUUCAAGUGUAAAAGAUGAAGGUAACGUAUCGUAUGGUGAUGAAGUUACUUUCAAAGAUGUUCGUUUAGUAACCCCUGCAGAUGUUACUUUAAUUGAAAAACUAAAUUUCAGUAUUAAACCUGGUCAACAUUUACUUAUUGCUGGUCCAAACGGUUCUGGUAAAUCUUCUCUUUUCAGAAUGUUGGGUGGGUUAUGGCCUUGUAAAGAAGGUCAGAUCAUUAUUCCAACUACUGAAAAUAUGUUUUAUUUACCCCAAAGAGCUUAUUUAUGUAAAGGAAGUCUCAGAGAACAAAUCAUUUACCCUCAUACUGAAAGUCAAUUUAAACAAAAUAAGUCUCGUAAAACUGACAAUGAUUUAAAGCAAAUUUUAGAAAUUUUAAAUUUAUCAGAAUUACUCACUUCUUCAAAUGAUGAAAACCCUUGGGAUUCAGUUCGUAAUUGGUCAGAAGAAUUAUCGGUUGGUGCUCAACAACGUUUGGCUAUGGCUCGUUUAUAUUAUCAUCAGCCUAAAUUUGCAGUCCUAGAUGAGUGCACCUCUGCUGUUUCUCCAUCAAUGGAACAAUUUAUGUAUAAACGAGCUCAAGAAUUAGGAAUUUCUCUCUUAUCAGUUGCUCAUAGACCUGCUUUAUGGCAUUUCCAUAAUUAUUUACUCAAAUUCGACGGUAAAGGCGGUUACUUCUUUGGUGAAUUGGACGCUGAAAAAAGAUUACGUUUUGAAGAAGAACGUCUUGUAUUGGAGAAAAACUUAAGAGAUGUUCCAGUGCUAAAAGAACGUCUUGCAGAAUUAAGAAAGGUUUCAAAUGCUCAACAUUUAAGAUAUGAAAAGUCUCAUAAGAAUUUAACUGAAUUAGCCAGUCACUAA